AUGCAAGGGCCGCCUGGUACUUUUGAAGAAUUCUUACAGUCUCAGAAAUUGGAUGAUUGGCCAAGAUUUCCGUUUCUAGAUGAAGAUCGUCCUUUGGUGGACAAAUUAAGAAAUGACUAUUCAUUUGAUACUAUUUCUAAGUUUCUGUAUGAAAAUGCUCCACUACAAAUCAGCCGUGUCUCAGAUUUGGAGAAGAGAAUAGAUGAGUGCACAACUGAACUGAAGAAACAUGCUGAAAAAAUAUUUUCUUUUCAACAAAGACCAACAGAGGAAGAUGACCAUCGUGUUUCACUAGAGCAAACCAAUGAUACUCAACUUACUGAUUCAGAAGAAAUUUCAAUUCAAACAGGCAAGAUGAGGAAAACAAAGAUUGAUAAAUAUAUCACUGAGGAAUCAAGCAGAAAAAAUGUAAAGAAUUAUAGAUACCCGGGUUUCAAGUUAAAACAGCUUACAGAACUACCAAGACAUUUGGAAGCAGCAAAACUUUGGGACUUGGUUAUAAAAGCUCACAAUUUCAAAGGAGAAGUUUUUAAAGUUUGGAGAAAGUUGUUUCUCUCAGAAGCAUCUAUUGCUGUUUUACAGGAUUGUUUUUGGUGGUGGUUUCUUCAAAAGUUUAAGCCUAAUCAAGAAGAUCAAGAUUACUUGUUUGACAGAAUUGCAGACAGCUUUGUAUCACUUUUCCUAUGUGUCCCCAGUGAUACUAAAGAUGCUUUUUUUCAGGUGUAUCCUGAUUGUUUGUCACAAGUCAUCUAUGUUGCUUUCUGUGAAGCAUUUCCAGAAUCCAGUAAAUCUUUUGACGAUGCAUUUAAAGAUGGACUAGUGGAUUUAAUUUUUCAGUGGGUAUCAGGUCUAAAGCCACAGAAAUUUGCUUGGAAGAAAUGGAAUCUAGAUGGCCUGAAGAAGCCCACAGUAAAUAGUAGCAAGAAAGAUACUGUUACCAAGGCACCAGUUAAGGGAUCUGGCAAAUCCAAAGCAGUCAUUGAAGCUUGUGAUCGGAUGGGGUCCAGACCUCUUUUACCCGAAGCAGGUCAGCAGCACCCAACCUCACACUCAUCAGUGAGAUUUCAAGUGGGUCUUGAUUUCGAAGAUCUAACUGAAGAUACAAAAAAUAUGUAUAUUUCAUCAGCUGAAGAAAUAAAGGAAGACGGUAAACGUAAAAUGGAUAUGCCAAAAGAGUCCGAAACCAUAAAAGAGUCCUGUUAUAUUGGCUCAGGUCCCGACUUCCAGCGUGUACUCUUCAGAAUUGGUGGUCGAAGUCCUCUGGUCUCAUAUUAUCUUAAGCUGCAUGAAAUCACUGAUGGUGUCUCAAGCUCUUUGACUUACAAGGUGAAUCGUACUGAAAUUUGCAAGCUACCGCCAGUUGCUCCAACUUAUCAAGAAGUUAUUAAAGAGACACGAAGGCUCAGAAGGAAAUUCCGGGAGGAUUAUACUGUAUUUCAGAAUAAGUGUAGAGAAGACAUUUCAGAAAUAGAAAAGCAGAGAAAAGAAAUUAACCAGAAGUUUAGAAGACUGACAGAGAGCACCUCCAAGAAUCCUUCUGAACUAAGGCUGAGCGCAGAUAUGUUAAUGCAUGAACUGGAAUUCGCAACAUGGGACAAGAAACCAUCCAGUAGUGGAAGAAAAGCAACCUCUCAAAUCAAGCAGGAUCCAAUCCAGCUUCAUGUGAAAUCAAUGGAAAGAUUCCCCUUGCCUUCAUAG